UCAGUCCUUGAGCACAACUGUUGCGGCAGCAGCGGCGGCGGCGGCGGCAGUGGUGCUGACAUUGGGACAGCGGUGGCAGCACAGCGGUGGCAGCAAGAGCUGCGGGACUGGCAGAGGGCAAGGCACCAUGGCCCUUGCUCUGCGCCUCUUCCUCCUGCUCCUCCUGGCAGUGGCCCUGCCUGCCAGGGCUGCCCAGGCAGCUCCGUGGCCAGCGCGGGGAGCAGGUUCUCCUAGUUGGGACAACGCAGACAUAAGAGAUAAGAAGUCGCUGGAGGCAUCUGAACUUCUGGACAAGAUGCUGAGCGACCUGGAGAGACGCCGUGCAAUGAAGCAAAAGAAUGUGCAGAUGCUGGCAUAUCCUAGAGUAAGCAAUGGCUCUGUGCCAACCCCUGAUGAAGGAAAGGAGGAGAUGGCAGGAAAAGGCACAGGAACAGGAGAGGCACUUGGCAAGUCAGAUACAGAUGUCAAGAAUCCAUCGACCACCCCAAGAGUUUUCUGCCCCCAGGACGUGCGCAAGUCCUGCAUGAUAGGCACAGUAGUGACACUGUUCACUGUGCCAUUUUCCAUGGUCCUGUGCUACGUGGGCUUCCAGUGGUGGAAGGGAAGGAAACAUCGCCGUGCUGCAGCUCCUGCAUCCCGGCGAAGAAGGCGCGACUCUCCCUCGCCCCCAGAGAGCCCAAGGACCACCUGGUUUGACAGCUCUCAGACACGGCCUCAGCCGCAGAAGCCGCCCAGGAAAGCAGAGCACCAGCCCUCUGUGCCUCCCCCACGGCCCCCCAGCCCGGCCGUGAAGCAGAAGCCCCCCGAGAUCCCCCCACCUCCUCCCCUGCCCAGCCAGCCGCCCUGGUCCCGCUAGGACUGAAACUGGGCCAGCCACUCAGGACAUGGGCCACCAACAGCUUGGGGCAUCUGCUCUUCCCUGCAAUAACAUGUGUUACCUAUGGGUAACACCCAGAGACAGUUUUCAUACUGUUGUACCUCUGACAGGAAGAGCUGAAGAUUCUUCCCAUGCCCUGUCACAUCCUUUGCUGUUUUGAUUUUCAUACAGCUGAGUGCUGGCUAAAUGUCUUCAAAGAACUUGUUUAGCUCUGCAUGUUUUACCCCACCUGUCAGGGGAAAAAAAUAAAAAAAUUCUUUAGUUCAGACUUC